CAUCGAACUUCUAGAUAUGUGCAUAUUAACUGAGUCGCAUUAUAAGUAUGAAAUUGAACACUGGUUUCGUUUAGUAGGCGUGGGCGGGGGCGGUACGAGCGUGGGUGUGGGAGGUGGUGGGGGCGGGGGAGGGGGAGGGGCGCGCAGUGCGCAGGGGGCGGGCGUGUGGCGGCGCGUGAGACUCAAGCUGGAGGGACGCGACACACACGCGAGACAUCUUAUACACGAACAGGUGGAGUACAUAAUAUCGGAGGCGACUAGCGCGGAGAACCUGUGUCUCAUGUACGAGGGCUGGAUGGCGUGGGUCUGAAGCAGCGGGCCCCCAUUCAGGCACCGCCCCCGCGCGGCCCCACAUCUGGAGCCCCGCCCAUAGAGUCUCAAGAGGCCGCGAGCCUCACGAGACCAUCACGAGGCCCCGAGGCCCCACUCGAGGCCGGCCCGAGAUCAACGAGGACAUCGAACGACACCUCCGCCCGUAGCCGGCGUCCCGGUGGCGCGGAGUUAUACAUAACAUCUACGAUAAGCUUAGUGUUUUGUUCCCCUCAAUAUUGACGGCCGCUCCGCUACGUCACGGGAUUAUUAUAAUAAGGUAUUUCUUUAACUCGGUCGGAGAGCAGCUCGCUCUCGCUCAAAAUUGUUCUCGGCUUUUGAUAUAAAAAAAAAAAUCCAUAAAACAUUGAAAACAGUUCAGAUCGAAUAAAAUUAUCAUCGACAACACCCCCGUGACGAGUCGGGCGGUUUAGUAUUUUAGAGUAAUCGUUUAUGGUGUACCGCGACUGGGUGUCGAUGAACCGCUGGUUUUGUAUUCAUCAUCGAAAACGGUUAUCGACGUCGACCCUCUUCGCCCCCCCGAUCGGAUUAUGACAAUGAAACAUGAUUUGACCUCGAAAUAUAUUGCUCGCAAAUUAGCAAAAACACAUUUAGCUCCUUCGACGUUCAUAGAAGCUUUUUGAACUCGCUGAAAUAAAUUAAGAGCCCUUCUUGUAUCCGGUCAUUGUUUAGAUAAAGAGCGGCGAUAUUUGUUAAAACUAUGUAAUCUUUGAACACGUCUGUAGCCCUGUAUAUCUGCUGCUAGACGUGUGUAUUCGUUCGCUAACAUCUUGGACGAAUUAGUUGGUAAAUUAUAAUAUUCAUAUAAUUUGGUGUAGUUGUACCUUUUAGUUUUGAACUCAUUUUCUGAUAUUUCUUUCCUUGUAUCGAGUAUUUCAUAAAUUCAUGUCAAAUAAAUAACUUUUCAGAAACAUUAUUAUGUAUUUAAAUUAAUACUAAAAUAUUUUAUAAUUAUCAUAGUAAUUAUGAUACCUAUUUUUUUAAUCAUCGUAAAACAUCCACGUUGUAUAAAUUCCAAUGUCCUAAAUGUUAAAAAUAGUCGAAUGUUCGUUUUGUAACGAGUAAAUGAUUGAUAAUAUUAAACACAAUAGCAUCUUGUUUUCUUUUAAUUCUAAAUAAUUAAAUUACGGAAAAUGAGUUCUAUAUAAGUGUUAUAUAGCGUAUCGAUUCAAACUUAAUGUCCUUUCAAUGAUUUCCACCGAUGGCUUACUUUAGAAUCAGAAAUUACAAUUUAUACUCGCAUUUUUGUCAGUGACGCUAUUCAAUAUUUUCAAACCCGUACGUGUUGGACACAGAUUUGUGUCUAAAAUUCAAUCAUCAUGGUGUAAUGCCCGCGUCAAUGAUUCAUCGUUUGUCGUCUAUUUAGCGCCCUUCACGUAUGUAUGAAUGUCCUUCAUCAAUGUCUCACCUACAUUAUUUUAACAUACAGUGUGGUUGUGGCAAUGAAAGCAUACGUAAAGAUAUCCUUGUGAGCAAAGGAAUCGUAACAAUCUUGAGAUUUUUAGUUAAGGAAAUAUAAACGAUUUUUACUGAUAAAAUAAUCUAUUCAAUUGAUUUAAAUUUUAUUUCAAAAAUUUAUUUCAAUUUCUUUGCUCAUAAGUAUACAAUGAGGAAGUAUUAAAAAAAACAUGAGUUCCAGAAAUCUAACUAGAUGUCGCCGACGGUGCGUUCUUGAUUUCUCCAUGACAAC